AUGAGCAGGAUAGUGAUUCUCUCCGUACUCCUGCUGUCCCUCAGCUGGUGCAGAUGUGCUGUCAUUACAGGGGCAUGUGACAGGGAUGUGCAGUGUGGUGUGGGUCUUUGCUGUGCCAUGAGUCUGUGGCUCAGAGGCCUGCGUAUGUGCACACCACAGGGACUGGAGGGAGACGAAUGCCACCCAUACAGCCACAAGUUUCCUUUUCCCGGCAAGAGACAACACCACACUUGCCCCUGUCUGCCAUACCUGGUGUGCAGCAGGUACAAUGACAACAGAUAUCGCUGUACCAGCGACUUCAAAAACAUAGACUUUUAAUGCUGAAAUGGA